AUGGCCCACGACCAAGGGUCUCCGGCCCCAGACUCCAAACACGAGAGUGAUGGAGCUGAACCCACGCCUCACCUUGAGCGUCGAGGAUCGGCUUUUUUGAAUUUCUUUUCCUCAUUUCUGGGCUCGAAGAAUCCCCUCGCGAAAGCUGCGGACCCACAUCAACACACCGUGUGGUUAUACGACAACACGGCCUACCAACCCGUCGUAGAGGGCGAUAACUCCCCAUCUUCAUCAUGGCAAGCUGAGGUCGUCGCCUGCAUCUUCGAGAAGGAUGGUCGCAAGGAUGCCGGCAAGUGGAUCGCGGCUAUCGCCGAUCAUAUCGGUUUGGAUGGUGAGAUGGGCCGCGACAAGGAAGCGCACGAGCGUAUCAAGCAGCGCGUGCAGCCCUUCCUCGACCAGGUCUCACCAGCGAAAACCCUGACCGUGGAAGCUAAAGUGAAUGGCGCACUGCAAACGCACCCGAUCGGCCCUUCCGAUAGAAAUGGCAUCAUCAGCCAGAUUAUUGACCUAGGCGCAGGUGGCGUCCAGGAUGGCACGAUUCGCUGCCCGGAGGGCUGGAUGGUGAUCUCGGACAUUGAUGACACAAUCAAACGUACCAUGACGAUGGAGACGACAGGAAUUCUGCGAACCACCUUCGCCGAGGAGCCUCUACCUAUCGCCGGUAUGCCGGAGUUCUAUCGACACGUGCAAGCCGAGUUGAAUCCGGCUUGGUUCUACCUGUCCGCAUCGCCUUACAAUCUCUACCCAUUCCUGCACUCGUUCCUCCAUGAGCAUUAUGCGCUUGGUACGCUUAUUCUGCGAGACUACUCGUGGAUGGACGUUGGCGGAUUCAUCAGGUCCUUUACCGAGAAAACGCAAGAGUACAAGGUUGAUCGGAUGGAGAAGAUUCAUCGGUGGUUCCCGCUUCGUCGCGUGCUUUGCAUUGGCGAUUCGACCCAGAAGGAUCCAGAGGCUUAUGCGGAAAUCUACCAACGCUAUCCCGGGUGGAUCCAUGCGAUUGCAAUCCGAAAGGUUACAAAUGUUUCCAAUAUGGAGGAGAAGAACAAACCCGAGAGGUUUGAGGAGGCUUUCAAGGAUGUUCCGAGUGAUGUAUGGACGGUUUUUGAAGACCCCAGCGAGCUUUAUGACUUUGUUGAUGGGCUUGGGAUGGAAGAUCAGGACUUUUAA